AUGUCUCUCGUUCAACGUAGUCUUCUCGAUAAAAUUGCAGCUGAAGGUGUUGAUUUUGCAUUAUGGUCAUCAAUUAUGAGUGUUGGUGGAGGUUUAGGAGAAAUAUUUGUUAAUCAUGAUGCACGUAUGAAUAUUGCUGGUGAUCAUGCUAUACCACAAUUGAUUGAAUCACAUAAACGAUCAAAAGUUUUAACAAAUUUAUUGUUACUUGUAAGUGGAGUUUCAGGUGCAUUAGCUUAUCAACAAACAAAAGAUAAAUAUUGGCUUAUUGGUUCAGGUUUAAUGUUGGCUGGUAUUCCAUAUUGUGUAUUGGUUGAAUAUCCAGUUGCUGAACAAUUGAAAUUUUUAACACUUGAUGCUAAAUCAGAAAAAGCAAAAUCAUUAUUAGCUUCAUGGGGAGGUAUUCAACUUGGUAAAUUAGCAUUAGCUGUUGGAGGAGCAACGAUUUUCUAUUGGUUUGCUCGUCGUUAA